AUGACGAGGAGACAGCGUGCCCGCUUCGAGGAUGAGCCUCAGCAGUACAUGAAGCUCUCGGACGAGGUUCAAGCGAAGAAGGUUUUCACGGCGGAAGAGCUGUCGAUGAGAAGGUUGGAGAUGGCCCGUCGACGACGAAACCUGUCCGAGAAGCGCAACGAAGAAGUCAAGGCAAGUAACUUUCGAGCCUUGAAGUUGUUUAUGGAAACCAUCAACAAACUCCUGAAGAAGCAGGCCCCCAAGACCAAGGGCAAGGGCGGAGGUGUCGGCGACGAGACGCCCAACAGCGAGUCUCAGAAGCCCGACGUCGCGUUUGUCCGUUGGGUCAACUCCAAGAAGGGCAGCGUGGUUGCAGUGCCCGACGAGAUGCUCGGAGGACCGGCAGGCAAGGUGUUUGUGCCUGGCGGUCUGAAGUCCGGCAAAAUGGUUGAGGAGGUUGCAUAG